UAUGAAUCAAGAGUCUACAUUACAUUGUGUGGUAGUCAUUGGGGGGCAGUUCUUGGAAACCGGAGUCUCUUGGCUCAAGUGGUCAGGAUGAGGGAGCUCGAAAUCUAAACGAUGCCCGUCGAUCUGACCAUUGCCGGGGCCAUGGGCCUAAAGGCUGUGGCGGCAGCAAAAGCUGCAUCCGCAGCUGCCAAGCAAGCAGCUGCACAAGCCAUUGCCAUGGCGCAGAACACCAACUUGGCAGCCUUGCAGGCAGAGCAAGCACAGGCCAAUUUGGAAAAGUACGUGUAUGGCGUGCCGGUGAGUUCAAUCCCACCAUCGGUGUCGCCUAUGCCACCAGCUGCCAUUCACCCAUAUCCCAUGAAGGCUUCGAUACCUCCUGGUAUGCUUGGAUUCGCACUUGCAUGCAAUUCCAAGUGCGCAUGGCAAGAGCGACGACCAAAGCAAAGUCGCUCCAGGGUCGCAAAGAGAGACCUGGGACAUCACUUCUUGUAAAUGCAGACGGCGCGCUGCUGGG